AUGCUUAAGCGUUUCCUUUCUGAACAUCAUAUCCCUCUCACCAAUAGUAUUGCCUGUGCGUCUGAUGGGGCCCCUUCCAUGGUUGGAAGACACAGAGGUUUUUCAUCUCUCCUAAAGCGUGAAAUUUCUCAUCAGAUUUUAACAGUUCCUUGUGUGAUACACCGGCAACAUUUAGUGGCAAAAAAUAUCAAUGGUUGGUUGAAUGAUCCGCUGCUGUUGGUCAUCAAAACUGUGAAUAAGCUGAAAUCAAAUUCCUUGUCUGAUCGAAUUUUCCGUCAACUGUGUCUGGAUAAUGAUGAUGACUUUGUAAGGCUUCUGUACCAUACCGAAGUACGAUGGCUGUCAAAGAGCAACUGUGUUGUUCGCUUUGUUAAACUGUUUCAUGUGAUCAUAUCUUUCUCUGAAAGUACUCUUCUGUCGGCUUCAUUGAUUGCUGCAAAGCGCGAUAUUUUUUGUCUGAGCGAUAUAUUCACUAAAUUUAAUGAUUUGAUUAAGUUGUUGCAAGGAAAGCAAAAAAUUCUUGUCGACUGUAAAUCAUUUAUCACCGCCUUCAUUUCGAAAUUGGUCCUGUAUAAAAUAAACAUUUCCAAACGUCAAUUGCAUCAAUUUCUACAACUGGAUUCUUUGAAAGAUUAA